AUGGCAGACUUCGACCACCUUGGCUUACUGUUCUCCAUUGUCAUUGCACUCUCUUUCGUUUCUGUUGCCCAUAUUUCAGCUGCAGAAGUGAAGAAUGGUAGGUUUAGUAUUGAUCUUAUCCAUAGAGAUUCUCCCAAGUCUCCCCUCUACAAUCCUUCUGAAACUCCUGCAGAGCGCUUAGACAGAUUUUUUCGACGUUUCAUGAGUUUUAGCGAAGCUUCAAUCUCCCCCAACACGCCUGAACCGCCAGUUUCAUCAAACAAUGGUGAGUAUCUGAUGAAGAUAUCCAUUGGAACCCCACCAUUUGAUGUAUAUGGCAUUUACGACACAGGCAGUGACCUUAUGUGGACACAGUGUCUGCCUUGUCUGUCAUGCUACAAGCAGAAAAACCCCAUGUUUGAUCCUUCAAAAUCUACCUCAUUUAAAGAAGUUUCUUGUGAGUCUCAACAAUGUCGUUUGCUUGAUACUGUUUCCUGUUCUCAGCCCCAAAAGCUCUGUGACUUCAGCUAUGGUUAUGGAGAUGGGUCUCUCACUCAAGGAGUUAUUGCAACAGAAACCCUCACCCUCAACUCCAAUUCCGGCCAGCCAGCUUCCAUUCCCAACAUUGUGUUUGGCUGUGGACACAAUAAUUCCGGGACUUUCAAUGAAAACGAAAUGGGACUAUUCGGCACGGGAGGAAGGCCUCUUUCAUUGACUUCUCAGAUCAUGUCCACGUUGGGAUCAGGCAGGAAGUUUUCCCAAUGCUUGGUGCCAUUCCGUACUGAUGCCAGCAUCACCAGCAAGAUCAUUUUCGGCCCCGAAGCGGAAGUUUCGGGUAGUGACGUAGUUUCUACUCCUUUGGUCACCAAGGAUGAUCCAACCUACUAUUUUGUUACACUGGAUGGAAUCAGUGUGGGAGACAAGCUUUUUCCUUUCAGUUCCUCCUCCCCAAUGGCGACAAAAGGUAAUGUUUUUAUCGAUGCAGGCACACCUCCAACACUUCUCCCUCGUGAUUUCUAUAAUAGAUUAGUACAGGGAGUGAAGGAGGCAAUUCCUAUGGAACCGGUUCAGGAUCCAGACUUACAGCCACAACUUUGUUAUAGAAGCGCAACUUUGAUCGAUGGGCCAAUUCUAACUGCCCAUUUUGAUGGUGCUGAUGUGCAGUUGAAGCCUCUAAACACAUUCAUUAGUCCAAAGGAAGGUGUCUACUGCUUUGCCAUGCAACCUAUAGAUGGUGAUACAGGCAUCUUUGGCAACUUUGUCCAGAUGAAUUUCUUGAUUGGAUUUGAUCUUGAUGCAAAGAAAGUUUCCUUCAAGGCUGUUGAUUGCACUAAACAGCAAUAA